AUGAACUUGCUCAUGAAGGUGGGCGAGGAUCCUGUCCUGGAUCUCAGUAGGUACUCCAGUCCCCUGGAGCGUUGGGUUGUGCAGAUGGGCAAUUCCAGCCUGGAGGCCUUCCUUCGUUCCGAAAACCUCACCAUGACCUUCGAUUUGGGCAGUGACUUCCUGCCGAUGAAGGCAACCAUCGAUGCUGAGCGUAGGCUCUGUCCCGUGGAUCGUCUGUCACAGGUAAGGAGCAGUAGCAGGAAUUAUUCAUUUUCAUUCAUUUUCAUUUUCAUUCAUUUUCAUUUUCAUUCAUUUUUCUGUUUAUCACACUUACGUGAGUUCUGA